AUGCAUUUAUUUUCUAUUGUUUUUGACCCAGGAAUAGAAGAUUGGAAGUCCAUUGAGGAGGUUUCUCCGUUUUCAGUUGAUAAACAUGAUCCAUUGACAUUAACCUGUGAUAAUAUACCGAGAAGCCUCCCCGCUGGUCAAUAUAGUUGGUACAAACAAGAUGAAUCUGGAGAUCAGGUCAAAGAGUCAUCAAGAAUUGCUAUUGAUCGAAAGGGCAGCCUACAUUUUGUCUAUAUUGAUAUGGAAGACAACCUUAAAGGGGGUGAAUACAAAUGCUCUGUUUCCAACAGAAUGUUAGAAGAAAUUAAACUUGGUAGUCCUAAGAGAUUUUAUGUUGAAGAAAGGAAAGUUGAAGAUAAAGCACCAUCUCUGCUUUUUAAUGGAACGGACGAUUAUACUGUUAUUGGAAGAUCGGAUGUUCUUGAGUGCAUCUUUAGUGGCUACCCCGCCCCGGAAAUCAGAUGGUUUGAUAAAGAAUACAAACCGAUCACAGCAAAUGAAAAAUAUAAAAUUGAGAAAUGGGGAAGAAUGCUGACUAUUGAAAAUGUACAAGAAGAAGAUGAAGGUUAUUACAGAUGUAUAGGUGAAAAUUAUAUAGAUAAGGUAGAAUCUACCGUGUACCUCAAUGUCUCAUCUAAACCGAUUUUCCUAAAUAACAACGAUGAAGCCAUUAAAGUGUCUAACAAUACCAUGAUUAUGAACUGUUCAACCAGAUCAGCUGACGGUGAAUCGCCAUCUGAUCCACCAAUAUGGUUAGAGAAUGGAGAAUAUCUGCCUCCAGAUAAGCUUGAUUCUGGAAAAUAUGAGCUGAAACAAGAUUACAUGGAGUUGUUUGUAUAUAAUUUAACCAAACCAGAUGAUUUUAGAUGUUUUCAAUGCAUUGUUUCUAAUAGUAUUGGUGUAAACUACCGAACGUUCUGUUUUACAGGAAAUACUACCUCCGACAAUGUGCAAUCCUAUGGAGCUCAAUUUGAAAUUGCUAGUACCCGACCAAUAUUGAAUCGUUCUUCGGAUGUUGUUAGUCAGAUAAAUCUAGCUUUACUUAUGUGUGUUAUUUUUGGUGUGAUGGUUCUCUUUGUUGUUGCUGGUAUAUUGUCCUUGGUGGUAUUUAGGAGAAGACGACUAAAAGCAAAUAAAAUUCAACAUAACGAAUUUUACACAGAGGUUAAACAAAGUGAAUAUGGUGUAGAUACUAAUAGAAGAUUUUCCUGGUGA